AUGGGUUACGAAGCAGAAAGAUUCGUAGACAAAGUCCCGAACUCAUUUUUAUGCCUUAUCUGCCACGAAGUUGUAAAAAACCCCAAAGAGUGCUCAUCCUGUGAAAGCCUUUUUUGCGGUGACUGUAUUUCUGCAUGCAUAGAACUGAAUGGGUAUACUUGUCCGAACCGAUGCGAAAAAGCUGAAAUGCAAGGCUUCAUAUAAUUUUCCGGAACAUUUAAACAGCAUAGAAUUGCUCGGAGUAAUAAUAGAUAGGGGAAAAAAUUCAUAAAAUGUUUUACUAUAAAAAAAUUCUACCAAAUUUCCUGAGCAACUGUCUUAAUCUUAAUCUUAUAUAUGUUAUUGAGUAGCUCCCGGCCAGGGCCGUAGGCCCUUUUCUUCCUCCUUUCGGUCGCCUCGCUUGCUUUCCUUGCCCUACUCCCAGUGUACACCUAACUCCCCCCCCCCUCGAAGUUCGACCAAGAUUUUUUUGGUCGAACUUCGAGGGGGGUUAAGAAAAAAUUUUUUUAAAAAAAUUAUAUAGAAUUUUUUUUAUAUAAUUUAGUAGUUAAAAAAAAAAUAUUUAUCAUAUUCUUCUGUAUGGUUGAGAGGGUGUAAGGGUUAGAAAAAAUAGUGCAAGAUGGUUUUGUAACGCUUUUUUAGAACUUGAAUACAAAAAUCGCAAGCUCACCCCCACAUAGUUUAAAAUUUUUGAAAAAUUGCUUAAAUGUCAAAAAAGCCAUUUUUAAUAAAAGUUGUGAUGGAGCUGAAGCGCAAAUUUACAACGAACUCUCUGCCAAAAUUGAAAUCGUCGACUAUUACUUUAGCCACAAGGACCAGGGGGUUACUAUGAGAGAGGUUGCAGAGAAAUUCCAUCUGGACUCUCAUGUCUCUCUAGUUGAUUGAAUCAAAAACAUUGACAAGCUUCGGGAAUCAGAGCCAGUCGCUAAAAGGGUAAAGGUAGAGCCUUUUACGCAAUUUCCAAUUCUAGAGAAAGAGCUGAUUAAUUGGUUGAUUGCUGUGAGACAGCAGGGUCAUACUGUCUUAAGAGUAACUAUCGAAAAGAAAACCAGAGAAUUGAGCUUGCCGCGAUUCCAAUGCGGUCAGAAUGAUGGGAAGGAUUCAAGACAAGAAAUAAUCUGGCCUACCGUAAGGUCAACGCAUCCAGUCUUAAGCCUCUAGAACGAGAAGCAGAACUUGUUAGAGACUAUCCUGACGAGCUGAUGCCUCUUCUCGACAUUUAUCCUUCCUCUACUAUUUACAAUUUCGAUGAAACCAGAUUCGAUUGGGAUGUCUGUAGCAAGCAUACCUAUGAUUUCAAAGGUGCUCAAAGAGUUGUGGGUAUCCAAUCAGCUAAAGCCAAGCACUCAAUCACUGUGAUGCUUUUGAUCAGAGCAGAUGGUAAAAAGUUUCCUGCGUUGUUGAUCUUUCAAGAGAAAACUGGCAAGAUUCCAUUUCGUGUAUAUGAGCACUUAACUAUCCCUAACAACAUCGUUGUCAAGGCUAACAGGACUGGUUAUAUCACUGAUGACAUGAUCAGCGACUAUCUAAGAACAGUGCUGACAAAGGAAAGGCAGCUCAUCAUAAUGGACCAAGCAACUAGUCAUAAAACUGAUAGAAUUGUUCAAGCGCUAUCUGACUUGCAAGCUCAAAGCAUCAUUAUCCCAGGAGGAUGCACAAAGCAUGUCCAGCCACUUGAUGCCAUAGUCAUAGCCAACUUUAAGAGAAAGGCAACUCAGUUUAGGGUUGAUACGAAUCCGAGCAAGUUGAAAGAAGAUCACAAAGAAGCGGAAACAUCAAGGCUCUUGAUAGACAGCAAAUGAUAAACUUGGCCUCAAAGGCUUGGGAGGAAGUGCAUCCAGAUAUUAUCAUAACUGGCUUUCAAUUGACAGGAUCUUACGGAAUUGAUCACCCCAAGUUUCUUCGCCACCAAUCCAUGCUUAAAGAGUUAAUUUAUUUAUCUUAAAAAUUAAUUUUAAAUUAAAAAUUUUAAAAAACAUUUGAGAAAAAUUUUUUAUAGUGGUGAAGGGGUCAAGUUUUCGAGCUCUAAUUUCAGAAUUGAAAAUUCAGCUAACUCUCUCCUUAAUUAAUCUACUGCCCUUAAAACACAAUUGGUCUUUUGAACUAAUUCAUAAGAUCGAAAAAUAAUAUUUUCCUAGUAAAUUUAUAUAGGUCUUGGUCGAACUUUGAGGGGGUUAAUUUUCCAAAAAAAUAGGAAUUUUCCCUAUAUCUUGGUCGAACUUCGAGGGGGGGGAGUAAGUGCCACAGGCUACCACUCAGCUCCUUCCGGUCAUGGGGCUUGGUCAUGAAAUUCCGGAAGUAUGCGGACUGGGUCACAAUGCUUCACGUCGUCGACAGGGUUAGAGCUAGGGAUUAACUCCUUAACUCUUAUUUGCAUCUGCUGUGCCGUCCGAUUUGGGCCCUAGAGGAAAACUCUUUUUGUCCCAUGUUCCAUCGGGACGAUCCGAAAAUCGUCAUUGCUGGACCGGGAGGGAAACCUAGCCGGACACAAAUACCAGUACCCAUACCAGACCUUCCCUGAGUGGAUUGGCUUCAGGCCGCAGCAAGGUCCCCAAUCUCGCUACAGGUUCGGGAGAGGACGGGAUCGGUGUCGUCACCAUUUUAUUUGUGUUUCUGAGCAACUGUCACGUGCAGAUCAAAUCAUGCAUCCGAAAUGCAAAGACCAGGACGUAUAAUUAGGACUAACCUCGAAGAUUUACUAAUUCGAUGCAAGUACGCUAAGAAUGGCUGUGGAAAAGUUGACCGAGUAGGUCGUAUAGAAAUUCAUGAGCAAGAUGAAUGCCCUUAUAAUUGUGAUAUUAAAAAAUGCGCCAGUCCUAUAUGCAAUACUAAAGAAGCUGUAGAAAGCAUGAUUUUAUUCACCACCCCUGAAAAGCCAUCAAGUCCUGAAAUCUAUGUCUGCUCACUUAAAUGUGCAGCUACUUUGGAGUUUCAAAAUAUUUUAAACACAUCAAGAUCGCAAGAAGAAAUGCUGACUCCUUUGGAAGCGAGCAAAAAAUAUUGCUAAUUAUGGAUGGGAAUAUUUUUUUUAAAAUUUUAAUUAUUAAUUCUUUUUCAGGAUUUAUAUAGUCCCAAUUUGCAAAACUUGUAAGUAAGAAUUAGUUUUAUUUACCAAAUUUAGGUUUUAAUGCUAGCUAGCUAUUUAAAAUUCAACAGAAUAAGCUAGAGAUUUCAUUUUGUAAAAAAUGUUCUUGGAAGGCUUUUUCAUAAAAAUCAGGAUUUUUGUAAUGAUUUUACUCAUUCACAGAUGGGGAAGUAAGGAGGCUUCAAGGUCGCUUUAUGGAAAAUAUUAAUAAUAUUGUGAUUCUUAGUAAUCCUAUUACAUCAAUACAUGAGCAGGAUCAAGAAAAGCCUAUUAUUUAUAGCUCGACUGCAAAAAUCAAAAAAGAUGCAGUAGAAUUACCUGAUGGGUCUAUAUAUACAGGAGAAUGGACGCUAGAUGGACGAAUUGAAGGAAAAGGAGUACAAAUUUGGCCUGAUGGUGCCAGAUAUUCAGGGGAGUUUUUAAAUGGAGAAAAGCAUGGAUAUGGGAACAAAACAACCAGUAAUGGGCAAAGCUACUACGGAUUUUGAAAGCAUAAUAACAGAUCAGGCCACGGGACUUAUAAAUGGCCAAGCGGAAGCACAUAUACAGGCAAUUUCAAGCAUGGAGACAACCAUGGCUGGGGAAAAUACACAUGGCAUAACGGAAAAGUAUAUGAAGGAGAAUAUAAAAAUGACGAAAAAGACGGGUUUGGAGCUAUGAUUUUCCCUGAUGGAAGAAGAUAUGUAGGUGAAUGGAAACAUAAUAUGCACCAUGGGAAAGGAGUUUUAACAAAUAGUGAUGGAAGCGAAUAUCAAGGAGAAUUUGUGGAUGAUAUGAAGAACGGGUAUGGAGUGAUGAAAUAUCCUGAUAAUUCUAAGCAUAUUGGAACAUGGGAGUCAGAUAAGCUGCAUGGGGUUACUACAUUUAUAUCAAAAGAUGAUCAAAAAGAAGUUCAGCUGUGGAGAAAUGGGCAAAGAAUUAAUCUUGGCUAA